UAGACGACGGGCAACAUGGCUGCAUGGCCUGAACCAAGUGGGAGGUGGUGGAAAAUUUAUCUCAUCCUUGCCGAUAGGGACGCUCUGCAUGGAAACAGAAAGCAGAGGCAUCAUGGUUGAACUUCAACUCUAUCAAUGCCGAAUCCAACUUGUGGCUCUGGUUCUUCGAUGCAAGGACAGGGGGGAACGACAUCCUUGUUGCCGGCAACUUGGAUCUUUUGGGCUGUCUUCUCUUCAUCUUGGCCACUUGCUUUUUUCUCCCCCUUUUCUUUCAACCUUAUCGGUCCUACGUCGCGUCUGUCCUGAGCGUUGAUUGAAACAAAUCAUCCUCUCUUCUGUUAUUGUCAAAGACUCUCAGCAUGGAGUAGGUACUUCUCUCGACUGUGGUAUUUUGAUUUGGGAUUGCGACCAUAAAUUUAAAGAAAUAUUUUGGGCUUUCAUGAUCCAUGUCGAAGUUUUAGCACAGUAGACCAUGAAAACCAGGAAAGGAAAGCGCUCUGAGUCCUUUUGGCCAUCGAUGGUGAUGAGGAAGUGGCUCAACAUUAAGCCGAAGGUGUAUGAGUUCAGUGAGGAUGAGGUUGACACUGAGAGCGAGGAUGAUGAUGCAAGAAACGCUAGCUUGGACUCGUUCUUUGAAAUCGUGGGGAGUAAACAUGGAUACCCAACUCAAGCAUCAGUUUAUAACUCUUUAGGAACACAAACAAAAGGAACCUCGUCAAGACUUCGGAGAAGAAAAUCAGAAACUUUACGUGUUCACUAUAUACGUAAAAAAGAUGUGAGGGUGAUGAUUGGAACAUGGAAUGUUGCUGGAAGGGUCCCAAUUGAGGAUCUUGAGCUUGAUGAAUGGCUAUGUACCAAGGAACCGGCAGACAUGUAUAUUCUUGGUUUUCAAGAGGUGGUCCCUUUAAACGCUGGGAAUGUAUUAGGAGCCGAGGAUAGCAGGCCAAUUCCAAAAUGGGAGGCCAUUAUUAGAAGAACACUAAACAAAUCUUCACAACCCAGGACAUUAUGUAAGAGUUACAGUGCUCCUCUCUCACCGGUGUCGAGGUCUUCGACUCCUACUGUUGGGAGCAGCAGGACUGCUCAGCUUGCUGAUAAUGGUUCCUUAUUCGAAGGAGAAAGCCCAAAGAAGCUAAUCAACAUGGAGAUGGAGUUACAGUGGGACAGGGUUCAUGCUGCCAAUGGCGCCAGUAAACUAGACUGGCCUGAAUAUUCAUUUGAUACGCCACCGCAAGCUCCGACUUCUAGAUCAAAAUUGAGAAGAGUCCUGAGCAGCUAUCCAAGAAUUGGAUUUGAUUGGCCGGAGGGAUCGCAAGCAGUGAAUGCUGGGCUAAAACGAGUUUACCAUAGCUCAGGGAACCUUGGAAUGCUGUGGUCAGAGCAGCAAGAGACAUCUGAUGUUCUUAAUUCAUUAAAUGAUGUUCCUGACAGGCUUUCUGAAGAAGAGGAAGAUUCUUCCUCAGUAAAUGUAGCAGACGAACAUGAUGUCAAGAAUCAAGAAGAAUGUUUAAGACGUAGUGCUAGAUUUGUGCGCGUCGUCAGCAAGCAGAUGGUUGGUAUUUACAUCUCCGUCUGGGUUUGUCGAAGGCUGAGGAGACACAUAAACAAUUUGAAGGUAUCUCAAGUUGGUGUUGGACUUAUGGGCUACAUGGGAAACAAGGGGUCUGUUUCUGUCAGCAUGUCUCUUUUCCAAACUAAGUUGUGCUUCGUCUGUUCUCAUCUGACAUCAGGCCAUAAGGAGGGUGAUCAACAUAAACGGAAUUCUGAUGUGCAUGAUAUCUUACAACGCACUCGAUUUUCUUCUAUAUUAGAUGCUGAUCAGCCGCAGACGAUUCCAACACAUGACCGAAUUUUCUGGUUUGGAGACCUGAAUUACCGUCUAAAUAUAUCGGAUGCUGAAGUAAGGGAACUUGUUGCUAAGAAAAGAUGGGAUGAACUCAUGAACUUUGAUCAGCUAAACAAUGAGCUAAGAAAAGGGCGCAUAUUUGAUGGAUGGAGGGAGGGGCGCAUUAGUUUUCCACCUACUUACAAAUAUGAGAUCAACUCAAAUAGAUAUGUUGGAGAAAAUGCUAGAGAAGGAGAGAAGAAGAGGUCCCCAGCAUGGUGCGAUCGUAUUCUUUGGUCGGGGAAGGGCAUCAGACAACUUUCAUAUUGGAGGUCCGACUUGAGUCUCUCAGAUCAUCGUCCGGUUAGCGCGAUCUUCUUGGUUGAAGUUGAAGUCUUUGACGAGCGAAAACUUGAAAGAGUUCUAAACUUUACUAGUGCUGGAUAGCAUUAUGCAGAAUGCUGCGAAGACGGUGGAGUAAUGAUCAAACAUAGUAAUCAUCGAUAUACAAGGGAAAGCUUCUCUUCAGGGGCUGUCUUUUUUAUAUGGGAAUGCCCUUAAUCCAUUCUAUAGUGGCCUAAACUUCAAACCUGACAAUUUUUAAUGCAUUCGAUGCGAUGGAGUAUAUAAGAUUGUCGGUUGAUACAUGUAAAGCACAUAGAGUGAAAACAGUAAGUUUCUUCUGACAGUUGUCUGGAUAUAGUUUGCACUCAAUGUUAAGUUAAUGCCAUGCAAAGAAGGGUUAAAAGUUGGUCAUCUUUAUAAUCAAGGAGAGGAUCAUCUGGUGAAGACCUAACUUCAGACUUGGAAGCAUUGAUCAAAAACAUCAUUCGCUUUGAGUGUGUCAAGUAUCUUCUGCAUGCAUUGCAUUUGUCUUUCUGAGGAAUGCUGAAUUUCUUGGAUUAGUAUAGGGAUAACAAUGAGAAAUGUUUGUGUCGAGAGAAUUGACUUCUGCUCAAGCUAUAUACACAAUGUGAGUGUAGGCUCCUCAGCCAAUGGUGGUUUUAA